CCUUGUUUUCAGGUCCCCAUUCUCGUCUAAGAUAUCUUUCUAUGUAAUUACUCUUCCUAAAUUUAUGAAUUUGGGGUGCAUGAAUAUCUCUAAUAUGGAUAGCCAAUUGGGAAUUUUUAUAUAAUUAUUUUUUUUUUAAUUUUUAUCCACAUGUCUAAUAGUGCCCAUCUAAUAUGGUGAUUCUGAAAGUACUGAUGAGCCUUAUAUUUCCCGUCCCACAUUAUAGCAUGCCACCCUAUUUGCAUGUCAUGGUCUUCUAAUGCCAGUAGUCUUCUGUUCCUUAAGUGUAUCCAAUCCUUUAUCCAUACCGAUAUUGCUGCUUGAUAAUAUUUUUCCCAAUUUGGGAGGCCGAGCCCUCCUCUUUCCUUUGCAUCCUAUAAUAAUUUUAAUUUAAUUCUCGCUUUUCUUCAUUUGUUAUUGUAAGACAGUUUGGUCUCUACACUAUUCAGUAAGUCUUCCUGGUAUGUUAUUACUACGUUUUGUCACAGAGAACCAAAAUCCAUUUAUUGAGUCCUUUCCAAGGACCUGGGAUAGCAGAUAUUGAUGUUUGAUGGUGCUAAAGGUAUUGUCGUAGGAUAUAAGCUGUUGUGAGUCAAGCUUCCUUUUGCAAUUGAGAGAUUGCGAAUUUGUCAAUGCCAAUGUCAUUGAAGUGGUGUUCCAGUUAUUUUGGAAUUGCACUAAGGCAACUAUUGCUAUUAUCAUUAGCAGAAGUCAAAAGGUUGGCUCAGCCUGUACACAAAAGUGUUUAGAUAUGAGGAUAUGACAAUUAUUGAUGAAUUAUUUAAUCCAAUCUGCUUUUUUUCCAAACAGAACUAUCCACUCUAAAGGAAGAGAUUAUUGAAGCAUUACAAAAGCAUCUCUUGAUGAAUUUCAGCCUGGCAAACAUGGAUGCUACAGCAGAUUAUUUGGACUAUAAUUAUAGCAGAAUUUUCCAUGAAGACCAAACUAUAUCCAACUAUUUUAAAAAUAUCAUUGUGUCUAUCGUAUUGAUCAUAUCCUGUAUUGGAGUCCCAUUAAAUGGAAUUGUUAUCAGGCUGCUUGGCUUCCAAAUUAAGAGAAACCCUUUCACAGUAUUGAUUCUUAAUUUAGCUAUUGCCGACUUUGGGUUUCUCAUCUUUAUGACUAUAUCUUGUAUUGACAUUUUUAUAGGUUUUAUACAGCCAAGAAUUUCCCAGAAAAUCUUCUUUUCUCUCUCCGAUGUCACAUAUAUCAACGGUCUGUUUCUUCUGACGGCCAUCAGCAUUGACCGGUGUGUGUCUGUCUUUUUCCCAAUCUGGCAUCGCUGUUCCCGGCCAAAAUAUUUGUCCCGUGCUGUCUGUGCUCUCCUCUGGACCUUCUCUUUCCUCCUGGUUGGAAUUAGCAUCAAUCUUAAUAAUUUAAUUCUUUCUUACACCCCCUAUGAACUCCACUUGGUCGUGACUGCUGUGCUUUGCCUUCCGUUGAUCACAACCUCUACUGUGAUCCUAUUCAUCAAAAUAUGUCUUAAAUCAAAACAGCUCAAACGUGGAAGAAUCUUAGUGAUGAUCUUAAUUACUCUUCUCUGUUUUCUUAUUCUUACACUCCCAUUAUAUAUCUAUGUGUUCGUUAUUUAUUUUAUUCAGAAGAUUCAUUUGAUUCAUUUUACUGAAUUAGAUUUCUGCUUCAGUCUGUGUGCUUCUCUAAACAGCAGCGUUAACCCAGUGAUCUAUUUUCUGGUGGGGAGAAAGAAAAGAGCUGGCUCUAGGGAGAGCGUCAAGGUCAUUUUUCAAAGAGUCUUCAGGGCAGACGAAGCUCCUGAAAUCUGA